CACUCCGCAGCCAGGGAAGGCCCCAGUGACGAGGUGUACGUGAAGUAUCCCGUCUAGCAAAGGAAGGGAACUCUGUGGUGGAGUGCUGGCACGCUGCUCUGUCACCGCUCACGCGAGGCGUGGAGUCGUCAGGUGACGGUGCGUGGCGUCAGCCAUCUUGUGUUGUUGGGCUUGUGGAUUCGCUUCGGGUGAGAAGCAGAGAGAGAGAGCGAUUUUCAUCCCCUUUAUUAAAAUCUAAAGAAAUAAACGGCAGUAUGACAGCUGAGACUCAGACUCUGAACUUUGGCCCCGAGUGGCUGAGGGCUCUGUCUAGCGGGGGUUCUGUUAUUUCCCCACCCCUCUCUCCAGCAUUGCCAAAGUACAAACUUGCAGAUUAUCGGUACGGCCGGGAAGAGAUGCUUGCACUUUAUGUAAAGGACAAUAAGGUCCCUUCAGAUCUCAUGGAUAAAGAGUUCCAGCCUAUUUUGAAAGAGGAGCCCCUACUACCGUUGGCACUUGUUCCAUUUACUGAGGAAGAGCAGAGAAACUUCUCCAUGUCUGUUAACAGUACCGCUGUACUACGCCUCAUGGGGAGGGGCAGCAGUGUUGGAGUAGGGACAGUAGUAGGGGCUCCUAGAGGUCGGAGUUCUUCCAGAGGUCGAGGAAGAGGAAGAGGAGAGGGUGGUUUUUACCAAAGAAGUUUUGAUGAAGUUGAGAGUGGAUUUGGCCGAGGAGUGCGAGAGAUGCAUCGGUCACAAAGCUGGGAAGAAAGAGGAGAUCGACGAUUUGAAAAAACAGCACGAAAAGAAGCAGUGCGGCCCACAUUUGAAGAAGGAGGUGCUGCACCCGCUGUGAGAAAGCACGAGUUUGUCCGCUUUGAAAGUGGGAACUGGCGCAGCUUGCGGGAAGAAUUAAAUGGUGAGGAAGAAGAAGGUGGUGGAGUUUGGAGGACGGCAGCACCCAGAAGAGAAGGAGAGCGAUGGCGCUCUCAUAGUCCUGAUGGAGCUCGGGGCCCUGGGUGGAGAGAACAUCCAGAUCGGCGUAGACGGUUUGAGUUUGACUUUCGAGAACGAGACGAUGAACGUGGUUACCGUAGGACACGCAGUGGCUCAGGAAGUGUAGAAGAUGAGAGGGACAGCUUGCCAGAAUGGUGUCUGGAAGAUGCUGAAGAUGAGACGGGCACCUUUGACUCCUCAGGAGCAUUCCUACCUUCCAAGAAGGUGCAGAAAGAGCCAAUCCCUGAGGAGCAGGAGUUAGACUUCCGUCCCUCUGCGGAGGGGGAGGAGCAUACUGACUCUGAAGGUAGCAUCUCAGAGGAGGCCAAGGAGGCAGAAUCGGACCUGCCCAAAGUAGAAGCAAAUGAGGAGGGCAGAAAGGACAGCUGUGAAGACAGGCAAAUGGCCACGCCUCCUGAAUCAAAACACAGGACACCCUCUCCAGUCAUAAAGACUGACCCUGGUAUUGAGCCGCCUGUCCAGAAAAAAACUCAUCACCCAGCAUCCAAUAGCACUGAGCAGGAUGUGAGACCCCAAACACCUCCAAAACCACCAACCCCACCAAACCACAAAGAAGAUUCUACUUCACAUGGUCCCAGAGUCUCCAACAAGUCAACAGCUCCUUGUAUACCUCAAUCCAUAUCUCCUGCAUUUAGCCAAAGUACUGCUGCUCGACAAGUAAAAGGUCGUCAUCAAGGACCAGCAGUUCAUUCCCCAAAUUCUGCAACUCUCCACAUAGACAGCACCUCAGUAUCAAGCCAUCCCUCGGUCAAUGCUGCACCUGGCAUGGGCAGUCUUCUUUCUGAACCUGAUGAAGAGGAUGGGCUAGAACAUAUGGAGCAGCAAGCACAGCAGAUGGUGGCGUACCUGCAGGACGGGGCGCUAGAUGAUGACAGAUUAAGAGGGAAAGUGCUAGAUCAUCGAGUGAAAGGACCAUCUCCAGAUAACCAACAAAAGUGGUACUAUAAAGAUCCACAGGGAGACAUUCAGGGUCCUUUUGGUAAUCGAGAAAUGGCCGAAUGGUAUCAAGCUGGAUACUUUCCAAUUACUUUGUUGUUGCGGAGAGUAUGUGAUGAGACCUUUCAGCCACUCAGUGACAUUAUUAAAUUAUGGGGCAGAGUUCCAUUCAUUACACCUCCAACGCCCAGACUAGGAGAGCUGGGACCUGAGCAAAUUGGCCGCCACCAAGAGAUGACAACCCUGUACCAGAUGCAGCAGCUGCACUACCAGCAGUUUCUAAUACAACAGCAAUAUGCCCAGAUGAUGGCACAGCAGCAGAAAGCAGCUCUUUCAUCACAGCAGCAGCAACAGCUAACUCUUCUCUUACAGCAGUUCCAGGCUCUGAAGAUGAGAAUAUCUGAACAGACAGUUAUUCCUGCAAUGACAAGAGCUAUGUCUGUACCAGAUAACACGCCUUUAUGGGAACUUCAGACAGCUGCUCCUCCACCCACAAUGUGGGAGGGAAGCAGUGUGUGGGACCUGCCUGUAGAACCAGCAUCUCAGGGAGCAUCAAGAGAUCAGCUGGAACAGAUGGAAAAAGCUAAAGCUGCUAAGCAGGAGCAGGAGAGAAGGGAAGCAGAGAUAAGGGCCAAACAAGAAGAGGAAGAACGUCGACGGCUUGAAGAGGAGGAGAGGAAAAGAAAGGAAGAAUUGGAGCUGGCACGUCGAAAACAGGAAGAAGCUCUGCGGCGACAGAGGGAGCAAGAACUGGCACUGAGGAGGCAGAUAGAGGAAGAAGAGCGGAAAAGAGAGGAAGAACGGAGGCUACUCGAGGAGAGGAGGCGGCAGGAGGAGGAGAGGAGGCGGCAAGAAGAAGAGCGGAGAAUACUUGAAGAGGAAAAGAAAAGGGCAGAAAAUGAAAGGCGAAAAAAGGAGGAGGAAAAGAAACGAGAGGAGGAGAGGAGGCAAAGGGAAGAGCUUCAAAGGAAGCAAGAGGAGGCAGCAAGGUGGGCUCGUGAAGAGGAAGAGGCAGCACAGCGAUUGCUGGAAGAGUCAAAACAGCGACAGGAGGAAGAGGAACGCAAAAAGCAAGAAGCUCAGAGACAAAAAGAGCUUAAUAGACAGAGGCAGCAGCAACAGGAAGCACUUAGACGCUUGCAGCAGCAACAGCAGCAGCAACAACUGGCACAGAUGAAGCUACCUUCUUCUUCCACAUGGGGGCAGCAGGUGAAUUCUGUAGGAUCAUCUCAGUCUGCAUUGUCUUUGGCAGAGAUACAGAAGCUUGAGGAAGAGAGGGAACGGCAGAAUCAGGAAGAGCAGCUUCGAAGACAGCAGCAGGAGAUAAAGUCUAUGCAGCUGCAUCAGCAGCAGCUGCAGCAGCAGCAAAAAGUCUCUGGCUGGGGCAAUGCUGGGAAAUCUACUGGCAAUACAACAUCUCUCUUGGAGAUUCAGCAAGAAGAAGCCAGGCAAAUGCAAAUAAUGCCGCCUCAGGCUGGCCGUGGUCGACCGCCUAACCUUACUCUUCCAGCUACGCCUGCCCCUCCUCAACUUCAAAACACUAGUAGCUCAGUGAGCUCAGUGAGCUCAGUAUGGGGUAAUCUGAACAAUAACCCGAGCCCCCAGUGGUCAUCUGAUUCAAUAAGUAGUAUCUGGAAUAGCCCAGAAAAUAAGAGCCCUAGUGGUGGAUUCUGGGACGAUGCGGUAAAACAGGUGGCACCUCGAAACACCACCAACAAGAACAAGAACAAUGCCAGUAAGUCUUCUUCAGGGGUGAACAGCCGACAGAGUAAGAAGGUUGAGCAAGAAGAAAAGCUCGUAAGACUGUUCCAAGGAGCAACAAAGUGUGCUGAUAGCUUCACCCUGUGGUGUGAGCAGACACUGCAUGCACUCAGCACUGCCCACAACCUGGAUGUGCUCACAUUUGUAUCUUUCCUGCGUGAAGUGGAGUCUCCGUAUGAGGUCCAUGACUAUGUCUGUGAAUAUCUUGGAGACACACCAGAAGCCAAGGAUUUCUCCAAGCAGUUUCUGGAGCGCCGAAAUAAGCAAAAAACUGCUGUACAAAAGCCACCGCAGGAAUCUGGAUGGGUUAUGUACCCAACAAGUCAAAAUAUCUCACAGCCGACAACACUAGAAACUGCACAAAGCGCUGGACGCAAGAAAAAGAAACAGAAGAUGGUUCGUGCAGAUCCAAGUCUUCUAGGGUUUUCUGUCAAUGCUUCCUCUGAGAGGUUGAACAUGGGUGAGAUAGAGACUCUGGAGGACUGAUCAUCAUGGUGGGGUAGGGGUAACCUGUCCCACUCCCCUACCUCUGCUACAUUGGGAGGAGGUAGCGGAACAUUUGACUCCACCUACCCCAAACACACACUCCCAGUGCCCUACUGGGGUCAUCGCGGGGCAUCCUCCUACAGUGCUUUACAGAGCAGGACAUUGUUGAGCAUACUUUGCCCUCCACUCACCUAGGCAUUCCCAUGGGCAUUGUGGAUAAGGCACUCUGGGUGGGUAGAGAGUGAGUUAUGGGGGACAUUACCCUUCUCUUAUCACAGUACUGUCCGGUCUCGUUUCAGAGACUUGCACGGUCUGUUACCUUUUCCACCGUUAUUAGGUGGAGAGAGGAGGCUUUUGGGUUGGACUUUGCACCUCCCCUCACUGCUUUGUUGGGGUUCAGCUCUGUGGAUUUUCAGUAAGGCACCCUCAGUCUGUGUGGAGCUUUUGAAGUUUGUGUAGUGCAUAAGUGGCCUUCUGCACUUCUGGAGAAGAAAUACUUUGAGGUAAGAAUGGCGUCGCUCUCCUCUAUCCACACCUUGCACUUUAUUUUCAUGUGUGCAUUUAUUAACUGAUUUUUUUUUUAUUAUAUAGUUGUCAGGUGGGAGCAGCAUUAAUUGCAGCUACUCCUCGGACUUGUACAGAUCACUAUACAGUUUGAUUCUAAAAAAAAAACACAUCAGUUGGUGCUGUUGGUUGAGUUCCUAAUAUCUACUCCCCCUGAGUUAUACAUAUUCAUAUAGAAGUGCAGAUAUGGUGUGAAUCAGAGGUGACACACUUAGUUUACACAGCUCCCUGACCACUGUCAAGUUUUUGCCCCAUGUGCAGUGAUUUGGGGGGGAUGCCAGGUCUGACCUCAAUAAAGCGCUGGUUGUAUUCUAAAAUAUUUCUGAUUUGGAUGCCUUAUUGCUUGGUGAAUGUUGGUGUGUUCCAGGGGAACUUCAGUUUGUUUGCCACAGUCUUCCUCCAUCAUCUGAGAAAUGUCAGCAUACGGACAAUC